UACUUAUUGUAAACAUGGCGUCCGACGAAGACAGCGAUGAAGAUUUUGUGACUUACGGGACUCCCUUAGAACCUCUAGAAGAAGAUGAACCGAGCAGAAAGCCAAUACCUGUGCACGAGCAGACUGUUAAAGAUGAGAAGGGUCGAUACAAAAGGUUUCACGGGGCUUUUACUGGUGGUUUCUCCGCUGGUUACUUCAACACAGUGGGCUCUAAAGAAGGCUGGACACCGUCAACAUUUGUAUCAUCUCGACAACAAAAGUCCGAUAAACACAAUGCCAGACCAGAGGACUUUAUGGAUGAGGAGGACUUUGGUGAGCAUGGUAUUGCACCGCGAGAGAUCACCACAACAGACGAGUUUGCCUCUGAGAGGAAAGAUCAGAUCAAGGACAAAGCGCGAGCUGUCAGCUCUCUCGCUGCUCUGAUUCCUGGAGACCCUGGACUGCUGGAGGAGUUCAUUGCCCCUGCACGGUCAUCCAUUGGUGUGGAGCUGCUGAGAAAAAUGGGCUGGAAAGAUGGCCAGGGAGUCGGUCCAAGAUUGAAGAGAAAGCCACGCAAGCAAAACACUGAUAGAGUUUAUGGCUGUUCUUUGCCACCCAAUGGAUCAGAAGAGUCUGAGGAGGACGAUGAUGAAUUUGCUCCAGAGAAUGUGACCUUUGCCCCUAAAGAUGUGGUCCCAGUGGACUUUACCCCUAAAGUGGACUCUCAUGGUCUGGGUUACCGAGGGUUGAACCCUUUACAGGCCCUGGGUGGCGCAUCAGGAUCAGGACAUAUAAACCUCUUCACGCUUCAGUCCGACAGAACAACCAGCCUAUUUGGAGACAGAGCAUCUGGACCGCAGCACAGGGGUGGGAUUGCAGGACAGGCAUUUGGAGUGGGUGCAAUGGAGGAGGAAGAUAGCGAUAUUUAUCAUAAAGACUCCAUGUCAAACUAUGACAAUGUGCUGGGAGGAGAAGAGCCAGGAGAUGGACUGUACGGAUGGACUGCUCCUCAACAGUACACUAAAAAGAAAAAUGCUUCAAAAAGAGUUCUGGCCUAUUCGGGCAGGAUUCUGGAUGGAUUUGCAUUGGCCUCAGAAGUCACAGAGAUUAAAACUGUCUAUCCUCCACCUGACUUGCCUCGUGAUUUUCGACCUGUACAUUACUUCCGUCCUGUGAUUGAUCCAUCCACCGUCAGCCCCAUCGUUGCUCAGGCACUACAGCUAUCGCGUGGACAGCUUUCACAGGAUGCAUCACAGCUGGGCCGCCACAAGUUAGACUCCACUCAGAGACGUGACAUGCUGGGAGAAUCUGCUCUACAGGGCCCCAGUUCUGUGUUUGAGCUGCUGGACAGUAAAGAUAGAGAGCGGCUGACUGAGAUCCGCAAAGCAGCAGAGGGCCAGAAGCCGACAGAGAGUAACCUUUCGUCGGCUCUAGAUCGAGCUGUUGUGGUGGCUUCAGCUAAAGCAAAAGCUGCCUCUCUGCAGGCCCUGUCCAACCGUUUCCAGUCAAGCUCCACACAGCCUCAGCCUCCCUCUGAAACCCAGAUGGCUUUGCGUGCUUGGUCUGGGCCCACUGCUGAUGCUAGCAAAACCUUCAAACCAUUCUCAAAGAAUCCUCAGAAACAGGCCCGCUAUGAUCUGUACAUUAGCAAACUUAAACAGGGUGAUAAAGAUGCUGUGGAAUUGAGUCUGGACUCCUCCAUGACAGAGUGGGAAAGAGGAAGAGAAAGAGAAGAAUUUGUGCGUGCUGCUUUACUCUACAAGCCCAGCAGGUCUUCUCUCUCUUCGCGCUUCACGCGUGGAAAACAUGAGGAGGACACUGACACUGUGGAUGUUGCACAAGAUCAAGAGAAUGAUGUGGAUGACAAGCAGGCCGCUGUGAAGAUGAAGAUGUUCGGGAAGCUCACCAGAGACACAUUUGAGUGGCACCCUGAUAAACUUUUGUGUAAAAGGUUCAAUAUUCCUGAUCCUUAUCCAGGGUCCAGUAUGGUGGGAAUGCCUAAAGUAAAGAGAGAUAAGUACUCUGUUUUUAACUUCCUAACCAUACCGGAUAGCAGCCAGGUCAACCCGAGUGAUGCCAAACCUUCCAGCUCAACCAUUCCUCGAGGUUCCACAGAAGCCUCCAGUAAGAAAUCUAGGUGGGACGUACCCGUGCAGACAUCUGAUCCUAAAGACGCACUCAGUACCUUCCUCAGUGAAACUCGCAGUGAGGUUUCAGCGAACAAGCAAACAGACGCUGAGGUCAAGACCCAGACAGACCCUCCACCUGCAUCUGCCACUCCAGAGGUAAAAGUGACACAAUCUGUUGAGAAGCAGUCUGAGCAAAAGAAUGAAGAUGAGGAGAAGGAGGAGGAGGAGGAGGAAGAAGAGGUGAGGCCUUCAAUGGAUCUCUUUAAAGCCAUCUUUGCCAGCUCAUCUGAUGAGAAGAGCUCCUCUUCAUCUGAAGAUGAGGCUGAAGAGGAGGAAGAGUUGGCCCCUCCAACAGUCCAGACCACAUCGGGGACAGUGGAUCCACCAAUUCCAGCUGAGAUCACUCCUGUUCCUGACAUCAGCAAAGCAAUGGAUUUGAAGCAUCUCACAGUUCAGAGUUUACCAUCUGCUGAAACUACAGCCCAAAGUACUCAAUCCUUCCAUAAUGCUCCAGCUAAGUCACAAGGCCUGGAUGAAGAGGAGUUUGGCCCCAGACUGCCACCUCCUGGGUUCGUGCCGUCUGCACACUCGCCACAGAUGAAGAAACAGAAGAAGAAAGAUAAAGAGAAACACAAAGCCAAAAAACACAAGAAAGAGAAAAAGAAGAAAAAGAGCAAGAAGCAUAAGCAUAAAGGGAAACAGAAGAAGAGGCAUGAGGAGUCUGACAGCAGCUCAGACGACACCGACUCCAACAGUGAAGAUGAAGAUAAAGAUGUGCCCACCAGUGAACUGCUUCAGAGGUUAAAAGACCUCAGGAACAAGAGGUAGAACAUGUAUAAAGAACUGCCUGUCCUUUGUGAGGAUUCUGUUUUAGAGAAAUGUCAAAAUGCUACAGUGUGCGUGUGUGUGAGAGACUGUGCGGGUACAAAUGUGUUUGUGUAUCCACAUGUUUGGUGCAUUACAUAAGUGUGCCUGAUUUCAAAAUAUGUUAUGAUUGCAGAAAUUUGUAAUAAAAAAAUA